CAAGUUCAGGAAACCUUCGAGUUCGAGACGAGACGACAGUGAGAAGCGUGUAUCUUCUCCAGAAGCUUCUUCCCUCUUCUUCUUUUCUCUUUCACACCUUUCUCUCUUCGCGCCAAAACCCUAAACCUUCAUUUCUGUGAUUUAAUAACUGAUUUUGUAAAGAAGCUUAAACCUCGUCUAGUCCAACUCUCGGAGGAAAAAGCAAACGAAAACCGUAGAACAUCUAAAACCUUGAACCGCCUGGAGGAACAGUAUGGCGACUUCGGUUCUUCUUAGAUCGUUGAAGCGUUCAUCUUAUCUUUCUGCUUAUGGAUCCGUAUGUCUUCUCGACCAGUUGACUGGCAGUGCUAAGAGCUCAUGGACUAGUGCUGCAUUGGGUUAUAAGUGGGCAAAUUUGUCCAGACCAUUCAGCUCAAGGCCUGCUGGGAAUGAUGUUAUUGGUAUCGACUUGGGUACCACCAACUCAUGCGUUGCAGUUAUGGAAGGAAAGACUGCAAAAGUUAUUGAAAAUUCUGAAGGAGCUCGGACUACACCUUCUGUGGUUGCCUUCAACCAGAAGGGUGAGCUCCUUGUAGGAACUCCUGCCAAACGUCAGGCUGUGACAAAUCCCACAAAUACUCUAUUUGGAACUAAACGACUUAUUGGCAGAAGGUUUGAUGACCCUCAGACACAGAAAGAAAUGAAGAUGGUUCCAUACAAGAUAGUUAAGGCUCCUAAUGGUGAUGCCUGGGUUGAGGCCAAUGGACAACAGUACUCGCCAAGCCAGAUCGGGGCUUUUAUUCUGACUAAGAUGAAAGAAACUGCAGAAUCUUACCUUGGGAAGUAUGUUUCCAAAGCUGUGAUUACUGUCCCAGCUUAUUUCAAUGAUGCACAAAGACAAGCAACAAAGGAUGCAGGAAGAAUUGCUGGUCUAGAUGUACAGAGAAUUAUUAAUGAACCAACAGCGGCUGCAUUGUCAUAUGGCUUGAAUGACAAAGAGGGUCUAAUAGCUGUCUUUGAUCUUGGUGGUGGAACUUUCGAUGUUUCUAUUCUAGAAAUCUCAAAUGGUGUUUUUGAGGUCAAAGCAACAAAUGGUGAUACUUUCUUGGGUGGGGAGGACUUUGACAAUGCUCUGUUAGAAUUUCUGGUGAGUGAGUUCAAAAGAACAGAAGGGAUUGAUCUUUCAAAGGACAGGUUGGCCCUGCAGAGACUUCGAGAAGCAGCGGAGAAAGCUAAAAUAGAACUUUCAUCCACAUCCCAGACUGAAAUCAACCUGCCAUUCAUCACUGCUGAUGCAUCAGGUGCGAAGCACAUGAACAUCACAUUGACUAGAUCAAAGUUUGAGAGUUUGGUUAAUCACUUGGUUGAGAGGACCAGAAACCCGUGUAAGAAUUGUUUGAAGGAUGCUGGCAUAUCCAUCAAGGAUGUGGAUGAAGUUCUUCUGGUUGGAGGAAUGACCCGUGUGCCAAAGGUACAAGAAGUAGUUGCAGAGAUCUUUGGCAAGAGUCCAAGCAAAGGGGUGAAUCCAGAUGAGGCGGUUGCUAUGGGAGCUGCAAUUCAGGGUGGCAUCCUUCGUGGUGAUGUUAAGGAGCUGCUGCUUUUAGAUGUUACUCCCCUAUCCCUUGGUAUUGAGACUCUUGGUGGUAUCUUCACCAGGUUGAUCAACCGAAAUACAACCAUUCCCACAAAGAAGAGCCAGGUGUUCUCAACUGCAGCUGACAACCAGACUCAGGUGGGCGUACGGGUGCUGCAAGGCGAGCGUGAGAUGGCAGCUGACAACAAGCUCUUGGGUGAGUUUGAGCUUGUAGGUAUUCCACCUGCACCUAGGGGCAUGCCCCAGAUUGAAGUCACAUUCGACAUCGAUGCCAAUGGGAUUGUCACUGUUUCUGCGAAGGACAAAGCCACCGGCAAAGAACAACAGAUUACAAUCAGAUCAUCUGGAGGGCUUUCUGAGGAUGAGAUCGAGAAAAUGGUAAAGGAGGCCGAGUUACAUGCUCAGAAGGACAAGGAGAGAAAAGAAUUGAUCGAUAUUAAGAAUACUGCAGAUACAACCAUCUAUAGCAUAGAGAAAAGUCUUUCUGAAUACAGAGAAAAGAUCCCCAGUGAGGUUUCGUCAGAGAUUGAAUCUGCCGUGGCAGAUCUUAGGAAGUCGAUGGCAGGCGAAGACAUCGAUGAAAUAAAAUCCAAGCUGGAUGCUGCAAACAAAGCCGUUUCAAAGAUUGGUCAGCAUAUGGCAGGCAACUCCAGUACUUCAGGGUCUCAAGGUGGUGACCAGGCCCAGGAGGCAGAAUACGAGGAAGUAAAGAAGUAGAUAUAGUAGGUCCCAAGGUGUCGAGAAUUUUACAGGUAUCUCGUAUUUUUGUUGAAUGCUUGUAGGGGUUUUGCUAUCAUGCACAAGCAUUAGAACUGGCGAUUACAAUAACUGUUUAGAAAGGGAGCCGUUACCAGCUUCAAUUUUUUUUC